AUGGGCAUGAAGAGCAAGAAAAAUAAGAAGAAGAAAAAGAAAAACGGCCUGGGAAGCGCGCAAUUAUCAGAAGCUGAAACACGCUCUUUAGUCUUAACUAGCGAUAAGGCCUAUGUUAAUAAACCAGCCUCUUUAAUCCCAACUGUUAAAAUCGUUGUUUUAUCGCAGCAUCUCACUCUUUCAUCACACUACUUCAGAUCUCAACUCAGCAGGCUAUGGGCAGAGACUUUACUGCACUCCAAGGGUGGCCAUUAG